GCCAUGUCGCUGAGCCCCAAGCACACGACGCCCUUCUCGGUCACCGACAUUCUCAGCCCGAUGGAGGAGAGCUACAAGAAGUUCGGCGGCAUGGACGGGGCGGGCGGGCUGGGAGCGCCCCUCGGGCCCUACCGGCAGCCGCCGGUGCCCGCCGGUGCCGCCGUGCCGCAACACGUCGUGGCGGGACCCACCGGGGCCGCCGCCUACCACAUGCCCCACGGCGUCUCGCAGUUCCCGCACGGAGCCGUCGGGGGCUACUGCAACGGCGGGCUGGGCAACAUGGGCGAGCUGCCCGCCUACCCCGAAGGGAUGCGGAGCGGCGCGGCGGCGGGAGGAGGCUGGUACGGGGCCGGCGGCGACCCCCGCUACUCCAGCAUCUCCAGGUUCAUGGGCCCGUCGGCGGGGAUGAACGUGGCCGGGAUGGGCGGCCUGAGCGGCAUCGCCGAGGGGGCCAAGGCCAUCGUGCCACUCCACGCGGCCCCGCGGAGGAAGAGGAGAGUGCUCUUCUCCCAGGCGCAGGUCUACGAGCUGGAGCGGCGCUUCAAGCAGCAGAAAUACCUGUCGGCGCCGGAGCGGGAGCACUUGGCCAGCCUGAUCCACCUCACCCCCACCCAAGUGAAGAUCUGGUUCCAGAACCACCGCUACAAGAUGAAGCGCCAGGCCAAGGACAAGGCGGCCUCCCAGCAGCUGCACUCCGACGGCGGGGGCGGCCUCUGCCAGCAGCACUCCCCGCGCCGCGUCGCCGUGCCCGUGCUGGUCAAGGACGGCAAACCCUGCCCGCCGCCGGGCAGCGGCACCCCGGCCCCCGGGCAGCCCGCCCCGCCGCCCCCAGCCGCCUCCGCCGGGGCGCUGCCCGCGGCCGCCCCCGCCGCCCACCCGCACCCCGGCUCGCUGGGGCAGGCGGCCGACCUGGAGGAGCUCUCGCCCAGCCCGCCGGCGCUGCACGGCCAGGUGCCCUCCUUGGCCCCCAUGGACUCGGCCGGCGUCGACUAUAACGGCGGUAUGGUCAGCCCCAACCUGCUCUACGGCAGGACGUGGUAA